CUAGUCGGCGGCUCGGGCGCCGGCGGGGAGCGGCGCGGCGGCGGGCAGUGUAACCUUGGGUGGGAGCGCACGGCGCCUCAAAAUGUCCUCCAGUGGCACCCUCAGCAACUACUACGUGGACUCGCUCAUAGGCCAUGAGGGCGACGAAGUGUUCGCCGCGCGCUUCGGACCUCCAGGGCCUGGCGCGCAGGGCAGGCCCGCAGGUGUGGCCGACAGCCCGGCCGCCGCCGCCGCCGAGUUUGCCUCGUGUAGUUUCGCCCCCAAAUCGGCCGUGUUCUCCGCCUCGUGGUCCGCGGUGCCCGCCCAGGCCCCAGCGGCGGCGGCGAUGAGCGGCCUCUACCACCCAUACGUGCCCCCGCCGCCCCUGGCCGCCGCCGCCUCCGAGCCCGGCCGCUACAUGCGCUCCUGGAUGGAGCCGCUGUCCGGCUUCCCGGGCGGUGCGGGCGGUGGCGGAGGCGACGGUGGCCCGGGCCCCGGUCCCAGCCCUGGCCCCAGCGGUCCACCCAACGGGCGCCACUACGGGAUUAAGCCUGAAAAUGGAGCGGCACCGGCCGCCGCCACCGCCGCCACCACCACCUCCACCUCCACCUCCUCCUCCACUUCCUCGUCUUCCUCCUCCAAACGGACUGAGUGCUCCGCGGCCCGGGAGUCCCAGGGGAGCGGCGGCCCCGAGUUCUCGUGCAACUCGUUCCUACGGGACAAGGCGGCAGCAGUGGCUGGGGGAACCGGGCCCGGGGCGGGGAUCGGGUCUGGGUCCGGGGCAGGCGGCUCAUCGGAGCCCUCGGCUCGCAGCGACCACCCGAGCCCGGGCUGCCUGCUGAAGGAGGAGGAGAAGCAGCAGCCGCAGCCGCCGCAGCAGCAACUUGACCCAAACAACCCCGCAGCAAACUGGAUCCACGCUCGCUCCACCCGGAAAAAGCGCUGUCCCUACACCAAAUACCAGACGCUUGAGCUGGAGAAGGAAUUCCUCUUCAACAUGUACCUCACCCGGGACCGGCGCUAUGAGGUGGCAAGGAUUCUGAACCUCACAGAGAGACAGGUCAAAAUCUGGUUCCAGAAUCGUAGGAUGAAAAUGAAAAAGAUGAGCAAGGAGAAAUGCCCCAAAGGAGACUGACCCGGCGCGGCGCCGGUGGGACCACUCGGCUUUGCAGUGGCAGAGGGUUUUUGUGUGUGUGUGUGUGCUUGAUUUCCAGAAGUUCUUCAGCGAUUUGGACAUUUCUCCCCACCCCGGCCUUUUUUUUUUUUAGGUAGAAGUGACUGUGUGGUUGGUUUCUGUGAGGUAUUUGGGGGACUGUAUUUGCUCGCUUAUGUGUUGGAGAAACCAAGUGGCUUUGGGGUGUUGCCCUAUCCCGCUCCCCUGUUUCCUGUCCCUUUGGUUCCUUAGGAAAUGCUAUAUUUUGUGAGUGCACGCCGGCUUGAGGAGCCCUCUCCUGUGUAAAUGUCCCCUAUGUUUCUGAAAAGUGCUGUAGUUUAGCCCCCAGCGCUGCUCAAGCAGGGGCCAAGCGCACCCCACUUCCGACAGCGAAGGCAGAGCGACGACAAUGAGGAAGCCGGCCUAGGCUGAGCCCCGGCCGUGUUGCCCACCGGUUACGGAAGCCCACUUUCCUCAGGGAGCCCGCGGGCCCUCCACUGAGACCUGGAAUGAGGCCGAGAGAGGAGCCCAGGGCCUCCGGUGGGUCGGGGGUUUCUUCUCAGGGCAUUGGAGGAGCCACUCUCUCCCCGGGAGGGCUUGGCUCCAGUGGGCGGCCGCGGGUGUAGGCCCUCCCGGCUCCUGCCUGAGGACCAGUUGUAAAUGUUACCGCUUCCUACCAAUAAAUGCUGACCUGAUCAAAUGGAGCCCAGA